AGUUGCGUGAACAGCAGGCUGUCACCGGAGCUGCUAGCCGCCUGCUGCCCUGAAAACAAGUGGAAAUUAUCGAGAAAAGCUUCGCUAAGUAGAAAUCAAACCAGCUCCUACAAGAAUAUGGACGAGGACGUGCUGACGACCCUGAAGCUGUUGAUAAUUGGCGAAAGUGGCGUCGGGAAGUCCAGCCUCCUCCUCAGGUUCACAGAUGAUACCUUCGAUCCAGAGCAGUCAGCGACGAUAGGUGUGGAUUUCAAAGUAAAGACACUCGCAAUAGAUGGGAACAGAGCAAAGCUCGCCAUAUGGGACACAGCUGGACAGGAAAGGUUUCGCACUCUGACGCCGAGCUACUACCGUGGUGCGCAGGGAGUCAUACUUGUCUAUGAUGUCACAAAGCGUGACACUUUUACGAAGCUUGAAAACUGGCUGAAUGAGUUGGAAACCUACACAACGCGCAACGACAUCGUAAAAAUGCUUGUUGGGAACAAAAUUGAUAAGGACGACCAUGAAGUGGACAGAAACGAGGGGCUGAAAUUUGCUCGGAAACACUCGAUGCUGUUUAUUGAGGCCAGUGCAAAGACCAAAGAUGGCGUCCAGUGUGCCUUUGAGGAGCUUGUGGAGAAGAUCCUCCAGACUCCAGGGCUCUGGGAGAGUGAAAACCAGGGUCAGAAGCUCCAACUGAGGGAGCAUGAGCAGGGCGGCGGCAGGGCAUGUGGAGGAUACUGCUCCAUACCCUGAAACUGGGACAGAACCAAAAAGCACCAACCUGAUGGGAACGACUACGGACCAGAGACAGAGAGGAAUAGAGAGGGAGGAGGAGAGGUGGAGCUGGAUGAGUGCUUUAAAAGUUUGUUGUUGGAGUAGUUCUGUUGGUCUAAAGGACUUUGCUGUUUGCACACUUCCUUUUUCAACCGUCAUCUCUCACAUGUCACUACUUUCUGUUUAAAACAUGAAUGAAAGGAUCAUGCAAAAAUAGCCUGUUGUCUAAGGCAGUUUUAAUGGACAAGACCAUGCCAAGUGUACGUCAUACGAGUGCGUCUGGUCUGAAUUUAUCUUAUCGGCAACAGUGAUUUCGCUGUACAUUAAGGCAUCAGGUUAAUAGUGUAGUGCCUAUAACAUGAACCAAUUUGUAGGUUAGAGAACAGAGCUUGUCAAAUGUGACUCUAAAUGAUUCGUUUUAAUCAGCACAGAAGUCUCAUCAGUUCCUCUCUUCCAGGAAAAGUUUAUUUCCCUGCUUAUGGUCUGUGAGCUGCGAAUGUCGACUUCUGCGUAGCUGCAAAGUUAACGUCCGAAAAUGUUCCGCAACACGUAUGUUUGCAGGCUUUAUUUCAUACGUGACACAUCACUUGGAUUGAGAGCAGUGGUGGGAGAGACUUGUUGUGCUGAGCGUGUGUUGGCCUCCAUUUACCGUCUGUCAUUAUGCACCAGAACACUGUGAAUGCCGAGUAAGACAUUUCACAAUGGACCCCAGUUACUGACAUCACUUCAUUUUUGCUGUUAAUCUGAUGAUUAUUCGUUUUAGGGUGAUGUCAAUCAAAUUCUAUGUACGUAUGUAUAGAGGCUCUCAAAUGAACUGAUUUCCUGUAUGUCUUCUUUUUUCAUGGAGGAAUCCAAGACGUGUCUUUUAGGUUUUUCUGCAACCAGCCCUCUUUUUCUUUGCAUGUCUGAUCUGGACCGUAACUUCCACAGCUACAAGUCUAAGGUUUACAGUAUUAAGAGCUCUUGCUCUUUUACUAAGUUGAGUUCAUUUUAUUUGCCUGUCUUCUCUGGCAAAAUGUCAUUUAGUCUCAGUUUGACCCUGUAAGCUUGUUUUUUUUUUUCAGUUCCUGUGUGUUGUGGUCUAUAUAUAAUAUCCCAAUGACUUUUUGAAGGCAUUUCUCACAGAUCAUUGUAUGAGAGCAUUCCUAAGACCUUUAAUGUAAUGUUGCUAUUUGUUUGGAUUCCUCUUUUCUUAUUUAGCAUCUUGUUGACCUUUCCUCCCCUCUAUCCCUGUACUUUUUCCUGCUUUUGCUGUGCACCUAGAAUCAUAUUCAGCAAUAUGUUAACUUAAUAUCUGCCUUAACAUUGAAUGGCAUUUGCUUGGGCUGCGGUCCAGUAAUGUUUGUAUUAUUUCAAACUGAAAUAAAUGACAACCUCAAGAUGUC